CCUAAAUUUUCGAUCCCUACAAGAAACAUCUCAACACAAUCCACCUUUUCCUCCUCGCAUCAUCGUCCGAAUAUUAAAUCAGUACAGAACUCCCCCACAUAAUACGACUCCCCAGCCCUUCCAUCUUCCAUGUUCUCCUCCACCGCCCUCUCCUGAUCAUCUGUCAUCAAGAAAAGGGGGCCCGAGAAAGCAAAGCCAGAGAAGGAUAGUUCGUGGCUUGUCAGCUCCGAUGGAUCUCUUCACGAAAACCGGGGCCGUCAAGCUCCGGAGCCACCUCGACAAGUACCUCGUCGCCGACGACGACCGCGCGACCACCCGCCAGAGCCGCAACGGCGCCUCCGCCCGCGCACGCUGGUCCGUCGAGCCCGUUGAGGGCCGGGACCACCUUAUCCGCCUCAGGAGCUGCCACGGAUGCUACCUCGCCGCCUCCGACGAGCCCUUCCUCCUCGGCAUGACCGGGAAGAGGGUCAUCCAGGCCUCGCCCGGGGAGGGGCCGUGCUCCAGCUGGAACUUCGAGUGGGAGCCCGUCAGGGACGGGUUCCAGGUGAGGCUGAGGAGCUGGUGCGGCAAGUACCUGCGCGCCAAUGGGGGCCCGCCGCCGUGGAGGAACUCCGUGACGCACGACGAACCCCUCACCGGAGGGACGACAAAUUGGGUGCUGUGGGACGUGGAGGCAGUCGCGCGGAGCACAGAUUGGGAGGCGCUCGAGGACUACUCGUCGGCAUUUUCGAGCUUCUCAUCGUCCGUCCUCGAUGAAGAUGAUCGUGAUGAUAUGGUGGCGCGUUCGGAGGUGUGGUCGCCGACGGCGGUGGCGGUUGCUCCAAGGAAGAUUGAGGAAAAGCAGAUCUCCGGCGCCGGCUACUGCCUCCUGUCGGGCAUGGAGUUCUUCCGCAACGCCAGGGCGGUGCGCCUCCGGAGCCGCCACGACAAGUACCUGGUGGCGGAGGAGGACGAGGAGUCCGUCGCCCAGGGCCGCGACGGCUCCUCCCCCAGCGCCCGGUGGUCCGUCGAGUUCGUCCUCAACUCCGACUCCGUCUUCCGCCUCAAGGGUCGCUACGGCAAGUACCUCGCCGCCUCCAACCAGCCCUUCCUCCUCGGCAUGACCGGGCGCAAGGUGGUCCAGUCCCUCCCCCGCCGCCUCGACUCCUCCCUCGAGUGGGAGCCCGUGCGGGAGGGCACCCACGUCAAGCUCCGCACCCGCUACGGCAACUUCCUCCGGGCCAACGGCGGCCUCCCGCCCUGGCGCAACUCCGUCACCCACGACGUCCCCCACCGCACCGGCACCCCGGACUGGGUCCUCUGGGACAUCGACGUCGUCGAGAUCGAGGUCCAGUCCCCCACGGCGAUGCGCCCCGUCGAGCCCCUCGACCACCUCGAUUCCUCCCUCGGCUCGGAUCCCGCGUCGCCGUCGUCCUCAUCGGCGAAUUCCGAGCGGUUCUCUAGGCAGGAGUCGACCGAUUCUUAUGUUGGGUCGCCCCCGAAAUCGGAAGGGAGGACCAUAUACUACCACAUUGCUGAUGAAAGCGGGAAUGUGGAAGGGGAAGGUAUGGAAGGCUAUUCUUUGAACUUCAAGGGGAACACCGUGGAGGAAUUGACUCGGAAGUUGGAGGAGGAGACGGGGAUGCAGGGGAUUUUCGUGUGUUCUCGAAGCCCUUUAAAUGGGAAGCUCUUCCCGCUUCGCCUGCAGCUUCCUCCUAAUAUUUCAACUAUGCAUGUCGUCGUUGUGCCAUCCUCCUCGACAGUGGCUGGAGACUUCAGUAAGUGAGGGAUUAAGAAGGGGUCAUGGAGCAAGAGUGUCGCGCAUACAAAUGCGUUCUACAGAUUUACUUUUUCAUAUGCUUUGAUUGAGUUCUGCUUUUACGCUUCCAGAGACCUCUACAUGUUAAUUGUUUGUAGAGGAAGUAUUGACCCAAUUUAUUGCCUGAAAGCCAGAAAGGAAAAUAUUCUGAUGGGCGAAGUAUCAUAGCAGCACUCUCCAGUCUCCAUCACCGGCCAUGAUGUGUGCGAUUUCUAUCAGCCUUGGAUGUUUAGAAAUGGCACUUGGAAACUUUUCUGUUCAGGUUUAUACCAAAUUCUUUCAAUUUUUGUUUGAUUAUAUUUAUCCGCGGUCCUAUGGUGAUGUAAGAUGUUUGGUCUGGAUCAAUUUCCAUUGUAUUGUCCGACCAUUUGUACAAUUGCAUAAGAGGUUGUUCUGUAAGCUGUUGGCACAUUGA